AUGGCAAUCAUUAAAACUUCUGAAGAUUCAAACAAUUCUAAAAACUGCAACAAAAAUACUAAAUCAAUCGACGAAGGAUUUAAUCCUGAAACAUUAUACUUUGAAGACUUUGAUGGCACUUAUUACGAAGAACCAGAAGAAUACUUUGGAGAUGAUUACUUCUCCUACGUAUCUGAUUGUAGUUCGGAUAUCUCUUCGACUGCAGAAAAUAGCAUUUAUUCUACAGAUAGCAGCAUUUCAACGCAUGAAAGCGACAACUUUUUAUCAUUAUAUUCGCAUAACGAAUCCAUUUCAGCAUGUGCACUCCCAAAUAAAGAUGAAAAGAAAUCAAUGAAGCUCAACAUCAAUACGACUGAAAAAUUCUUUAAUAUGACGCCUAAAGAUUAUCGAAUUUCCUUGAUAAAUUUUUACAAACAAAAAAUCGGUGAUAUUAAUGGAGAUUUUUCUAAAAUUUCGAAUUAA